AAAUUUAGCAUUAUUAUAAAAGGGAAAUUUGAGUUUUAAUGCAAUAAGUGACUACAUUUAAAAAAUACUCUAUCCCUAUAUGACUCUCGUUUUUGUGCUACUAAUGACGUUACUACCCAAAAUACCCUUGGCAUAAUUCUCAAACUCUCCGUAUUCUCUCCCAAAUUCCCGAACCAAGCAAACUUUGAAAUCGAUAGGCCUCGAUUGAAUCUGUAGAACCCAACCAUCAUUGUCUUCCACGACCACGAACAAGGGCUCCCAAAGGGUUGGAGUUGACGAUCGGAGAAGGGGAAUGAGAAAACGUCAAGCAAGCCGACCAAACUUUUAGGAAACAACCCCAAAGAAAGCGAAGGUGAGGGAUUUCGUUUUUAAUUUGCAAUAUGUGUAUGUGCCUGGUUUUUUUUGUUGAUUUUUGUUCAUAGGAUAGAUCGGGGCUGGGGAAUGAAGAAAUCUGGGUUUUUUUUCGAUAUUUUUCAUGCAACUCAAUAGAAAUCGAUAGGACUCGAUAGUAUAGGAUAGGGACUGGAUUUGACUGUGCCUCGAUAGGCCUCGAUGGGACUCGAUGAAAUUUUAGGCUUAUAGAAAUUUUAGCCUAUACCUCGAUAGGACUCGAUGAUACGGGGCUUUGGGAUUUAUAGGACCUACCUUGAUAGGACUCGAUGAUACAAGGCUUUGGGAUUUUUAGGACCUACCUCGAUAGGAAUCGAUAGGCCUCGAUAGGACUCGAUACUACGAGACUUUGGGAUUUUUUAGGCCUUACCUCGAUAGGCCUCGAUAAGACUCGAUAGUAACCCGAUGAUAUUAUUCUUUGUGAUUUUUAGAACCCACCUCGAUAGGCCUCGAUAAGACUAGACAGUUUCUGCCUCGAUGGGACUCGAUAGGGCUCGAUAGUAACUGCCUCGAUAGUGACCAGAUUGUUUUACAUUUUUAACAUUUUUUUUUGUUUUUUUUCCAGAUGCCUGACCUUAUUGUGCCGUUGGAGAAGCACUUUCCUAGCCGUGUCACUUAUAGGGGUAGUGCCUACUUGGAUACCCUUAUAGAGUAGUUUCAGAGGCAUGGUCUUAUUGAAUGGGCACAGGCAUGCCCGUUGGGAUAGUUCUUUAAGGCAAAGCCGUUUAGUUUUUCUGGGGUUCUGCUUCAUCAACUAAUGUUGCGUAAGGUAGAAAGCAAGAAGCCUGAAGAGGGUCAGUUCUACCUGGGCAACACUCUGUGUAGAUUUGGUAUUGCAGAGUUUUCCCUAGUUACCGGGCAACAUUUUGGGAAAUCACCGUCCCUAGAUGAGUUGAAAGAGCAUCUUUCAAGUGAUCAGAUCAUCCAGAAAUAUUGUAAUGGUGAUUCGAAGGUUAGUUUUGGUCAGUUGGAAGAUGCAUUGAAGGCCUCCACAAACCCAGAAGAUGCAUUUAAGCUGGGUUUGUGCUAUUUGAUAGAGGGGGUACUGAAUGCCCCAGAGAAGACAACGACGAUAUGGGGAGAUUCCCUGAGGAUGGUUGAGCAUAUUGAUUACUUUUUCAAGUAUCCAUGGGGGAAGUUUUCAUUUAAGAAUGUUAGCAAAGGAGUUCAGAAAGACAUGAAGAAGCAAUUGAAACACUACGAGGAGAAGAAGAAAGAGGGGUCAAGCAAAAAACAGAAGGAGGCGAAGUAUAGUUUCAAUUGCUAUGCACCCGCGCUUCUUUACUGGGCUUUUGAGGCCAUGCCUUAUCUCGUGAGUAAGUUCGGUGAGAACAGUGGGAAUCAGAUUCCGAGGAUGCCAGUGAUGCUGAUAGUCCCAGUGUACGAGUACUGCAGCCCGAGGAGGCAGCUGUCCUUGAAGUUGUCAGGAAGAAACGCAGGCCCAAGCGUUUUGAUGACUUCACCGACCCAACAAAGAAGAUCAGACUAGAUAAACAUGGGCUAGUUGCUGAACCACUAAGGAAGUGUGACCCACAGCAGGUGAAGAGCUUCCAUAAGUGGAUCAUCGGGAAGAUCGACAAUAAGAGAGACCGGAACAUCCAUACUGGGACACACGGUGUGGCAUGGUUCUUGCAGUUGCACAUAGUCCAGACUUGGCUUUGGGAUUCGCAUAUUGAUGCCGCUUUGCACAUGCUACGCCGCCGACGCCACUUUUACCAUGUUGCAUUUCGGCAGGAUGCUGCGAUCAUGAAUACCACCUUCCCCCAGGUGUGGCUAGGUCGUUGGAAUCAUUUCAGAGAGACCGAAACUAAGUAUACAUGGGACGACGAAGUGCUGAGAAUGUUGAAGGGAGAUGAUAAUCAAUUCCUUGUAUCAUGGAAAAAUGUGAGUGAAGUAUAUUUUUCCUUGCACGUCGAGAAAGUCGCACAUUGGAUCGCCAUUGAAGUCUCCAUUCCAACGUGGUGCAUCAACAUUUAUGAUUCCAACCAUAGUGUGCUCAGUCCUAAUCUGAUGGAGGAAGCGAUCAAGCCUUGGUGCUUAUUGUUGCCUUCGUUGUUAUGGUGUUCUGGCAUGUUUGACGACCAUGAUGACCUCCAGGUAUAUCCUGAGCAGAAUGCAAAGCCUUUUUCAUGUUGUCGUAUUCCUCCAGAGGAGUGUCCUCAGACUAAGACAAGUGGGGAUUGUGGUAUGUUUGCCAUCAAACAUAUCGAGCAUCUGGUCGUCAGGCUACCACUCGAUACCGUUAUCGAUGAGAACAUUCAGCAUUUCAGGACCAAGUGGUAUGUGGACCUAUUCUAUCAGAAUUUGUCCCUGUGAUGCUCUUUACAUUUUUGUCUUACACAUCUUGUAUAGUAUAGCAUAUAGUUA